GUCGAAGGCGACGGCGGCCGCCACCGGGCCCCGGAUUUGGGCCCGGGCGGCGACCGUCGCGAUGCUUGUCGUGCUGUACGCCCCGCAGCCAGGUCGGUGUAAAACAAAAAUAAUAACCGCCGCUCAUAAUCAUAAAUACUCUGUAUGCCUCGGUUUCGGUCGAGUAGAGUCAAGUGUUCCGAGUACAGAGUUAAGGUCUAAGACGCAAAAGCUACGCGCGUCGGCUAUCGUACAGACCGGCGAACCGUUCGGAACACCCGAGUUCGCACGCUUUUACCGAAACGCGUCGCGCGUCGAGGCGUUUUAGAUGUUCCGAACGGAGCGUUUUACUAAGCGGGACGUGGGUUUUUUUCCCGUCCGUGAACGAGUUUUCGACCCGCGGGAGGUCAGGUAAGACUCGCAAAAUACAAAACACAAGUGGCGGGAACUUUUCCCCAACCGUUUCUGGUCUAGCUGGCGUUUUCGUUGAAAAUUCCAUUCUUACCGUUUUGAACGGGAAAGAAAACACGGGGGAAAAUAGGUCCUUUUUUUUUUUUUUUAAUGUUGUCAAUUUCCGAGUUUUCUCACCGGUCAACUGUUAGGAAACAUUUGCGCGACAAACCGUCAAUUCUUAAUACCGGCGGCGCGUCUACUGCGCACGCGUUUGUACCGAAAUCUCGAGACGAACGCUUAAUAUAUUAUCGAUAACAGGCGACGUUUUCUCGACAUUUUGUUUGCCGUUCGAUCGGUCCGGCUCGGGUUUUCGGGCGAACCAGACCCGUAACCUUUAACCGCGCGCGGCGGAUGCCUACUGUUCAAUUAUCGUUCCGAGCGCGUAGGUACCCGCUGCGAGGUUUCGGACGACGCCCAAAAGCGUCUGAGGUCGUCCCGCCCCGGUCGUUUCGUCGCCUCCGUACGCAUUGUAUUGUAAUUCAUAUUAUUGCGUUGUUAUAGGACCUGUGAUUUUCGAACGCCGGUCAAGGCGCUUUCGGCCGGGUUUAUUUAUUUAUUUAAUUUUUUUUUUUUGUUUGCCCGUCCUCUCUUACCCGCGAGACGACGUCGUCGUGACGAACGGCCUCGGCGUUUGCGCAACGUCUCCCGCGACGCGUCCGCGGGUGUCCCGGGACGCGCUCGGGGUCCCCGAAAACCGGGCGAUUCUCCCACCGCAGCCGCCGCGCGCUACGCCCGGGGCGUUGAAAUCUCCGGCGCCGUCGCCCGGUACCCGCGUAGCAGCACGUGCAAGUCGCAGAGUCACCGAUGACGACGGACUUCGUUACGACCCGCGCUGGAUACGUUUUUUUGUUUUUCGGUUUUUUUUCUCUCUCCGAGGCCGAGGAGCCGUUUUCGCUUUUCCUUCGAGAUAUUUCGCCGUCCAUUGUUCGGCACUGUCGUUUGCGUAACGUCGCCCGCGUCGACGGACCUCGCGCUGGUUACGCAACCGCGAGCGUUAAACGCGCCGUGAUAAUAAACCGACGACCGACACAAUAACAAGACGUCGACGAGAAAACGCCGAACUCGAUAAAACGACAAUAUUUGAACCGUCCGAAAAUCGACCGCGAGUUCUGAACACCGACCGUCCUCCGUACGGAAAUCGAAAUUUACAAACCGGUUCCGUCGCGUUCGCCAAUAAAGCGCGUAAAUCGCAUUACCCCCCCCCUUCGCACAACCGCCAUCCAACAUACGCACCAAUCUCCUGUGUCGGUAGUACGAACGAGAUUCUGUUUGGUACGUUCACCGGGCUAAUAAAUCGGGUGAGGUUUGUCGCGUUCGGGCUCAAGAAAUUAUCGAGACUUCCCGAUAUCCUAUAGCGGUAAUCCGAUACAAGUAUCUAUGUUGUAUUUCAUCUCGGACCUAUUAAAUCCAGAUUAGCGGCAGUAGUGACGGCGCAAAAUGAUUAUAAUUCUUAUAAACAUAUUUUAUGUAAAUAAUAAUUGGCGAUUUAAAUUUUCAUGACGGUUUUCAAAAAGUCGGAAAUGUCAUCGCGCACAAUUUACCUUUCAAAUAAAUCCCUUGACAUAAUAUAGUAACGUUUAACCCACGCAAUUAUAUUGUAAAACUGCGUAUUACCAUUCGCCCGUAUCGAUAUUAUUUUAUGCUGCCACAGAACCUCUAGGAAUUACAAAUACAUUUAUCUCGGUAAAAAAACGUGCAUGUUCGUCUCGGAUUAAACAUUUUGUUUUACUGCUUCAGCGCGAGUGUUGUUUGAACGUUUUCCAACAUUCGUUGAUUUUGUCAUGUUUUUUUUUUUAUUUUUUUAUUUGAAAAAUUUGUUCGAUUUUGCCCGAACUACUCUUUUGAAUACCUUUAGAGUGGCUAGAGUUUUUACAAAUUACUAUGUACUUGUAGUUUCAAACAAAUAGAUUUACACACAAUAUAUACAUUAUACAUCGUUACAUCAGUCAUUAAUUAUGCUGUAUGAACGUACGAUAAAAUGAAUAAAAAUAUUAUAGCGUAUAGGUACCUACUAUUGAGUUUUUAAUUAUUUUAGCGCAUAACUGCGGCUGCGAAGGUGCAGUGAUACCAAUCGUUACAGCGACAAAAAUUGAUUAUGUCGAGAAAAAUAUGUAAAAAUCAAAUUUUCAAAGAAAAUGGAAAAUCUUCGGAAAAUUUCAAUGAAACAAAAAAUGUUCGAAUGUUCAGUUUUCAAGCUUACGUCUCUAGUAAUAAUAAAUAUUGUUAUUAAGGCGCCUUUGUGCAGUUUACACGCAAUUUGUUUUAUCUGUCUGCCUCGACGAUUGCGACUCUCUGGAUGAGUUUAGGGCAAUAAUGGAAAAAGGUCCUUUUCCCCUAAACCCAUUUACAUUUAUAACUCUUCUACUCAGUCUACGUUUUACAUUUUUUUUAAAAACAUGUAACUUUUUUGUAAGGCGGCAAAAUCUCUUGAGACUUAUAUAGGCCGAAAAAAGAAUAAAAAAAUUAGUAAUUAUUAGUCAAGAAAUGUUAAUUUGUUUUGGUUAACUAUGUUUUCGUCCGAAAAUCAAAAGUUCGUACAUUUUAGAACAUUAUAAUGUUCAAUCCACAAUGUAAUUUAUGUAAAUCUUUUCGUUUUGAACUGACAUUUAAAAAAUUAAAAAAUACAUACGUUUUCAUUAAAUUAUUCCAGUAAUACGAGUACUAUUAAAGUAGUGUAACCUCGCCCGAUGAUAUUGCCAGAGUGGAACUUGUUGAUUUAUAUUUAUUACAUCGGAAUAAAUCUUAAAAAUAUCUCGUUUUACCGCGAUUGUCAAGAUAAUUUUAAGACGUAAAAUAAAAAUCCCGUAAAAAAUCUAUUUGCCAAGGUCAUAAUGCAUAAAAUGCAAGUUUGGAUUAAAAAAAAAAAAAAACACGAGUUGUUUGAUUUACAAUUGAAAUUUCGAAUAAAAUCUUUUUACAAUAUACAUAUAUUCGAUUUUAAACUACGCACGCUAGCUGUUAACGUUAAAUAUUAUUGUGGAUAUUGUGUGCAACUUGCGCUCAACAAAUUACGACUUUUUUUUUUUUUUGCUCGAUUCGAUUGGAUCCGACGUUAAAUCGCUAGUCGCAUUUCCGGAUUAUUAUGAUUAUUUAUUUUUAUUUUUUGUAUUUAAUACGGGACAAGCCCAGUUUACAUUGAAUUUACUUUUAUGUUUGUACAAUUAGUUGAUUGCAUGAUCUUAACGUUGACAAUUAAGUAAAAAUGGAAGGGUUACAGUUAGCGGUCCACAUUAGACGGUUGAUGGAUGAGUUUUCAAGGAAGUUAGAAGACGAAUGGAGCAUGGAAUCGAGUGGAUCGAGGUGGGACUUAAAAAUUAAUGACGGUGAGAAGAGGGGUUAUAAGCCCCAACCGACAUAUCUCUAUACACGAAUAUUCGAUUUAAAUUUAUACUAUAUAGUCGUUUUCAUCGCACAACUACAUACGUUACUAAGUUUGUACGUAGGAUUUUUAAGGCGUUUUUAAUUCUCGAUAUUUCCAGAGGUAUUUCACACGCGCUCAUAUCGCUUCAAACGUCGCGAAUGUAAUAACGUUCUUGCCUUUAAAAUUGUACGCUCAAUAUUCACAUUAUAAAAUACAAUAAAACCAGAGAUCCAGGGGAUCUGAACCACCUCCUCCCUGAACACCGACAUAAUUUCAAUAAAAUAUCAUCUAUAAAAGAGGUGUUCCAUAUAAUUGUUCGGAACCCCCUCCCCCCCCCAGAAAUCCGCCAGUAAAUAAAGUUAUUAUUAUUGUUAUUGUACGUAUCGGCCAGUGUCCCACAGAAGAAAUUCACUAAUCAAACAGAAUGUAAAAGUUGAUUUUCCUAUAAUAUUAUAAUUGAUGCCUUUCUCUUUUUUUAUUUUUUUUCCGUCCACCUGAACGCUCAACGAGAUUACACGAAUGUACUCGAUUUACUCGAAAUAUAAUAAUACAAUAUCAUUAAAGUUAUAACGUGUAUACCGCGCGGGUAUACUCGACCAUCGAAACCGGUCAUGGUGUUGUUGUUUUAUUAUUUUAAAUAUUUUUUUUUUUUUUUUUUUAAAUAUCGUUACAGUUUUACGCUGUUACUCGCGUAUAGCCACCGCUGCGGCGGUCGGGCGAUAGAAAAUCCCCGUGUUCGGUGCAGAGUGCGCGGAUCGAUUGUUAUGUCGCACGCGUUAUGUAUACAGUCUAAUGAAAACGAUCUGUUGUGAUCGAACGCUGCCGCAGGGCUUAGGCGAUUUUCUUUCGUUCGAAAUCGGCGUGGAAACCGACGGGAAGUGUUACGGCGUCGUCGCCGAUAGAAAAUUAAAAAAAAAAAAAAAAAAAAACGACCGUAUUUAUGCCUCGGAACAAGUACCCGGCCAAUCCGCGACGUCGCGACGGCCGUUAUCGGUACCCGACGACGGUAACAAUAAUUGCGUGUUAUACUCGCGCAACGCUGCGAACGAGACGGGACACGUCCGAUCCGACCGAGAUCGCCGAUUUUUCGUGUUCGGACCUGUGCGCGAUAUCAUUCGAGGUCGAACAUCGCGAUCGUAACGACAACAAUCAAACGUGCGCGUGUCCGGGUGACGUAUCGACGUACGAUACGCGCAGCCGGUCUAUCGCGCGUGUCGUUGUGCGCCGCGCGCUCUCGAAAUUCCGUCGGGAAAUCGCCGGUACGACGCGCGGGCGGCACACUCGUGAACAGCGACGUUUGUCGUUACGGUGUACAGUUAUAAUAAUAAUAAUAAUAACGACGCAUUUUGCAAAAAAAAAAAAACCCCGGGCGACGCGUUCCACAGACACUGCGCGCGUAAAUCGAAUCGCGCCGCGCCGUACGAGUCCGCGAGCUCGUGCCGGGGCGGCGGCGGCGGCGGCGGCGGCGUUUAUUGUCGACGAUUGCAAUCGUACCCGCGUAUCGUUGCCCACACGUUGUGCGUUGAACUCCCGUCCGCGGUUCAACCUCCCCGACCGGCCGCCCGCGACGGCGGCUGCACCCGCGCGUGCGAACCACGUCCGUCGUUUUUAUUUUUUAUUUAUUAACGCGAGCUAACUCGUAAUCGCCGCGCGAAGUUUACACAGCGACGUCGUACAUUUUUCGGGUGGGGGGGGGGAAGAGGAGGGGGACGUUUUUCUGCGGUACGCCACCCGGUCACACCCCCCUCCGCCCCUCCCGCACUGGAACGCGCGCGAUUUGAAAGCCGCCGCGGUAUCCGCGUAAUAACAUCGUUGUACUGUAAACACUCCUCUCGCCGCGGUAAACUCGCGAUUGUAUAAGAUCGGUACCGGACACGAGGAUACUAUCAUUAUCGUUAUCGUUAUGACAAUAAUAAUAAUAAUAAUAAUAAUAAUAAUAAUAAUAUGAUUAUCGUUAUUCCGAUACGUUCACCUUGAGCCGGCGCGCGUCUCGGCGUGACACAAUAAUCGUACCCGCGGCCAACGUUACAACGUUACACCCGCCACCGUGCCCACACGACGGGAAUAUUAUUAUCCGCCGCCGUCGCUCGGACCGGUUGCCGCCCGGACGCGCGUUGACGAAACGCACGCGGUCCCGGCACUGCGCGCGGAAAACAACGUGUGGCCGUUUCAAAAACUACCUCUAUGGUAGACACGGCCCGUUCGGUCGUAAUACGUGGUGGAUUCGGCACCGGUUUCGUGGGCGAAUGUGUGGGUUCCGCACACGAGACGUCACAGGUAGAUGAUGAACAUUGAGACGGAACCGAGCUCGACGCAAAUGGAAAUGGCAUCCCCACGUGAUUCUGUGUAAUAAUUGUUAUUUCUGUUUGUGUAGGAACUUUGUGUUAAGUUCGGGGAUAUUUUUUUUCGCGUCGGAACUUACACAUGAAUCCGCUAUUGCCUGCUAUGCUUCGUGUGGGAACUUACCGAGCCCCGAUUUCGUUCGGGGACUGGUCGAUGGUCUAGCCGAUACGACCCCGAGGCUUCUCGAAUCGCUAGAUUUUCGUUUUCCUGUAUUUACACGGCAAUACGGUAGAUUUCGGGGUUCUUUUUAUUCCCCCCCCCUCCCCCCGAAGAUAAAUGCGACACAACGCAAAUUCACUUUGAUACAUUCGUACGUAGGCGUAUGCGUAAUUUUUCUCGUGUCUAUAACGAUUUACAUCGCGUUUAUUUCUGUCAUUGCCAAUCCGAGUUAAUCGAAUAUAGAGUUUUGUCGAACAACCGAUGUUGUUGUGUUACGUUUGUAUUUAUAUUCUCGUAUAAUAUAUCAUGCUAUAUUGUAAAAAAAAUCCGAUUGACAUUAGUUCUAAUAAAAUAAUUAAUGAGCCGUCUCGUAAAACGGCGUCUCGACGGAUUGGUGCGGUCAUCGUUCUAUUAUUACUGCGUAAUAAAAACGUUACCGGGUUCGCGUUUCUCCUCCCCCCCCCUAAUUUUAUCUAAAUACUCGUCGUCGCUUUUUUUUUUUUUAAGUUAUACGGCGUUCUAACUUUACAAGGACACUGACUUCCUCGAAGCGGUAUCCGCGCGUGGUUCGGAUCGACUACGCGCAUAGUGUUCAAUUUAAUUUUGCUCGGAGAACAAAGAAUCGUUGCCGGUAUUAAAAGGGAGCGUCAUGUAGGAAUGGGAGUUCGGGGGUUGCGACCUUCUACAAGGUUGACAAUAUGGGCUAUAGAGAAUACACGGAAAAAGUCGGGUAAAAUUGACUACCGAUAGGGUUCCGUUGCAGUCUCAUAAUAAAAACUAUAUUUUGAAAAAUUAAAAAACGUAUGUAUGUAUUUUAUAAUUUUUAUAAGUGUCUCAGGAGAAACGGAUUCCUUUAUUAUGAUAGAUAUUAUUGUAUGCGGUUUGAAUGAACCGAAAAGUUGACUGCAUUUGAGUACGUUGCGAAAUUUCGAAUAACUUACAUCCCUUUUGGAGUUAUUAUAAUAAUAUUGUAUUUUAAAUAUGUUUAAACAUUUCGGCCGUAAAAAGGGGCAUUUACUAUGUAUACACACAUACACACUAUAUAGCCUAUUCUUUGUACGUUUUACUAUAUCGAAUUCGCUAAGCGUUAAAAAAAACGAAAAGAUGCCUGUUCUAAAACAGCUGAAAAAAUAAAGGGGAUCGUCCCCCUUGGAUUUGAGCAUCGCCGUAAGGACCCGGGCGCGAAACGUUGCGAGUAAAAAACGCCCGUGACCGACAGUGUGGUGGAUGUAAACGAUUUUCGGUGACCGCGAAGCAAAACGUUUGCGAACAAAACGAUUACAGCGUCGUAAUCAUAGACUAAACUAGGGGGAGCUUGGGGGUUUUAGCGCUAUAGCGUUUAUUGUCUAGUCGCGGCUGCGGCCAUAAUAAUCGUAUAUUUUCGGCAUUCGUGUUCGUCAUCCCGCGUCACUCGUGUGAUAGUCGUUAAGUUUUUACGUUUUGUUCAAUCGCGAUUCGAAAAGCGUCGUUUUAAAAACGGAUUAUGUCCGCCAGACGGUAAAAAAAAAACGGUUUAUAUUACUAAUAAAAUAAACGGUUCUUAUCGGUACCCGCCUACCUGGAAUACACGACACAGUUACCUUACUUAUACCAGAGACGGCUUAUUGUUUUUUAAAACAUAUGCCUUAAGUUUUAAUGAUGUAAUGUAUUAUAUUUCAACAUUUCUUCAAAUUGAUAGUAAUUGCCAGUCACAGCUAUAAUAGUAGCAGAAUUGAUUAACUAUGCUUAAUUAAGCAGUUAGCAGUAACAACACUGGAACACUGCUAUAGAUCACUGUCGGUCAUCUAUACCUAUUAUCUAGUAAGGUAGUAACCGGUCGUUUAAUCCAAGUAGGUAGUGAUAAGAACCGUUUAUUUCGCUAGUGACAUAGACAGUUUUUUUUUUUUUUUUUUACUAAAAAUUGUUUUACUAUCCGGUUUUACUUCCGACCUACGACCGGGCUGUAAUUAUAAUAAUAUUACCACAGCUGCGACGUCGUUGACGCGCGCGUCUCGUGCCACAACCCGUAAGUCGAACGGCGUAUCGAUUAGGUGGCAUGACGACGGGCAACGGGCCGCGGGCCCACGACAUUUGGGGCCCCGAAUCCGGGCCCAAAGCAGCGUUAUAGGUGAAUAGAAAAAAAAAAAAAACAAAAACAAUUGCGAUGAGAGUGGGACGGACAUGACGUCGUGUACGCAAACAGACAAGUCGAGCGCGGCAACUCGGAUCGCGUAUUGUCGGCCCUCAAUAUUCGGUCGACCCGAAUGUCUCGGUAGUCCUCAUAUAGUUGCGCAGCCGCCGCCGCACAACGCGCGCAUAAAACCGCGCGCGCUCUCGAACCGAUUCCGAACGCGUCGCCCGCCGCCGCCGUGUUGCCCGCCCCUACGUCGCAUGCGUGCGGCCGACGGCGACGCGUACCGGUUAAACGAUUAUUGUUGUGGAGCGCGCGAAAUGUCGCGCGUUCGGCAACCGCGAACUGGGUCGCGUACAUGACCGGCGCGCGUCUUCUCCGCCGUCGCCGCGCGCGUGUUCCGACGACGAAUCGGCGGUUCGUUCGUGUCGGAACGACACGAUAUUAUUAUUAUUGUUGUUGUUGUUGUUGUUAUUAUAAUCCGCGGCACGUACGGGAAAUCCGCGCUCUCCGGCACACCAGUUGGAAUUUAUGUCGCUCGCGCGCGACGCGCCGCUGCAGCACUUCGGGCCCGUGCGAUGUACACGGCCGUGCCGGCCGCAUUGUGACGGCGUCCGAGCAAAAAUAUACGGACGCGCGGUCUUUGUGCGCGAGAAAAAAAAAAUAAAUAAAUACCGAAGAAACAUAACGUAUAACGUAUUGUUGUCCGCGACGGCUCCGCUAAAUAGCCGAAACAUUUCGUCGGGGUCGCGUGCGACGGACGGCCGCGACGGAUUUUCCGCGGCCGGCGACGUUGCGGCGGUGUACGGCGGCAUCGUAAUACGGCCGCAGGUACUUUUGACGCGUGAGAAACUUGCCUGGGAAUGAUCCGAGCGGUUUUUUUUUUCCAACGGUACUUCCUUUUUCUCUAUUUGUCCAACGCGCAUGCGCAACGGCACGGCGGUUUGGACUGGUCUUUCGUCCGUCGGCGCAACCAUAAGUGUUCGGAAAACAGAUUUCAGUCUUCAACCGCGCGCGACACUUAUUCGAAUUUCGGCGGAAAUGUACGAAAACGAAAAAAUAAAAGAACGAACACACUUCGCACGUGGGUGCAGCCAUCACUUUUGUACGCGUAAAGUUGGGAACGCAGGAUACAGACGGGAAUUUAAUGUAUAUCUUACAGAUGUAAGCGACGAAAAAACCAUUGCAAACGAGAAAACGUUUCCGAGCGGAGUUCAAUUGAUAGUGUGGCUUUAACAACGCAAUAUAUAUUUAUGUCAUAUUAUGGUAAAAUGAUUACAACAAUGUGCGUUUCCGUGACAACAAUGAUUGUUUAAAAAAAUAGUAAAAUAGUAAAAACUUAAUGAUGACAAAGAAUAAAUAAGGUUUAACGAGGUUUUCCUCGUUAUUUCGAGAAUGAGAAUGAGAAUUUCAAAAAAUGAACCAUCCAGAUAAUAUUACCUUUCAGAAAUGGUGUUAUCCUUGAUAAUCGGAGUAAGCUUUCUGGUAGAAAAAGUGUUCAGAUAAAACAAAAAUCUUUGCGAAACCGAUACAUUCCUCGUUCCACUCGGAAUCUAAAAGUGGCCUCGCGUACGGUUGGCGCGUCGCUCAAUUGAAAAUCCGUUUUCGGCGGGUACUCUUAUCGCUUCACCGCGUCAGUCGCGGGCUGGCGGACGAAAAUUCGGUCUAAAUCGCUGCUUUACGUAUUGGACGAAAAAAGAUAAAGGAAUCCCCGUUCCGUUUCGAAUUUUGCGUUGAAAAAAGGUCUUUCUUUUUAUAAGCUACCGUCAAACUCCCCCCGUCUAUAUCCGCGACCAAUUGCAUUUUCCAUUUUUGUGUCGAUUGACACUUCUGAGACGUAACGUCUCGGACGUCUUUCGUUACCCUUUAUGCGAGUCCAGCUACCCGCGAGUUCCUCCUGUUGGUCUGCGUUCUGUCGGGCGUCUAAGUAUAGGACGUUUCGCCUUUACACGAGAACGCGUAUUAUGGCAUUUGGUUUGUUGCGUAUGCCGACGUUUCGUUCGUCUUUCACGGGUAUUGGCCAUUUCUAUUUCGAACGCUUUAUAAUAAACACAUUGUACUUACGUUAUAUUAAUUAUACGGUUUUUAAAUGUUUUUUUUUCUUCGGGUCGCGCACCACGGGUACCUGUCGAUUUCUCGGUAAGCGUUCCGUUGAGUCAUUUUCAAAAAAACAACGAUCGGUUAAUUAGUUUAUCCUUCUGCGUCGGCUACAAUUACGCACGUAUACCAUACAACAUCAUUAAGGUGAACACGUAAAUGUACAAACUGUGGAUUACCUAGGAAAUCGUAAAAAAAAAAAUUGCAACCGUACGUGAACUUAUCAAUUUAAAUUCAAGGGCGGAAUACCAUUGCGCUGCAGACACGACGGUUGUUAUGUCUGUUAGUUAUUUUUUUUUUUACAAGUUUAAUUAUGAUGUACGCGCGUAUGAUUAGUAAUAUACGUGAAAUAUUAUGUAUAUAGUGCGAUUUACAUUAAUUUCUUUCGGCGAUCGUUAUUAGUUCCGAGCGUGUCCGGUAAAAAAUUGUUUUUUAGGUGCACGUUGUAUUUUACGGAAACGUGCAGUACAGUCAUGAGUUACCGAGAAGGAAAUACGAGUAAUCAAUAUAAAUUAUAAAAUAUUCGGUUUUAAAACCUGCAAUUUAUUUUUGGAACUUACAAAAUUUGAUUUUAAAUAUGACUCCGGACACCAUAGAGUUUUGAUAUAAUAUUUUAUAUUAUUCAUUCACCUGAGGCUUCAGCUUUGCGGUACUUGAUCCGGGUUAAAGAAAAAUCGCGAUGAUUUUAUCGGUGGGUACCUCGCUAAAAAUUAUGAUUAAAAAAAAAAAAAAAAAUGUAACAUCGCAUCUAGUUGAUUCGCAUGCGCAAACGAGAUACAAAUUAUGUACACGUUUCUUAUCGUUUUUUUUUUUUACGUUUUUGGUACACUCGAGGGUAUUUUAUCGAAUUAUUAAAAAUUGCAUAAAGUUGCUAUAUGUAAUUAAUCUGUCGGUUUUAACAAAUUUUACAAAACUGCGGCAAGUGACAUGUUACCCGAGAAAAACUACCAACCAAAGCAGAUCAACGGUUCUACAAGCGGGGAUUUCGGGCAGAAAAAUUGUUUACAAAAUCUUACAUACGAAUUUUCGAGUUUUUGUUGGGUAUCCAACGCGUUAUAUUGAACAAUAAUUUCGAGCACGUACACAAAAUCGCCGUCACUUUUUCGCCAUUGCGGUAAUCGAAACCGGGUUUUGCGAUUUCGCGUCGCAGUUUAUCCUGUUCGCCAGAACGAACGUACCGGUUUUCAAAAUCAAUGACGGGGCGAGCGCCGCGAACGAAAAUGAGAUUUUGCUACUUCCGACUCGCGACCGCGGAUUUCCAAAAACAGCGAAACAUAUCGUACGACGACCGGAACAAAAUAUUGAACGCGCGCGACCGCCGUCCAUUUUCCGAGAGUAUAAUAUUAUCUUACGACGUAUCGCUAUUAUGAUAAAAAACUGUUUUUUUUUUCCGCGCCGGACGCCGUUGCGAUGCAGUCGCGUUACGAAACAUUGUUUCGUACGAUGCGUUAUGACACCGUACGAUUAUAGUGUGAUAUAUAUUAUACAUUCAUAAAAAAAAAAAAAAAACGGUUUUUUUUUUUCUUUUCUAAACACAAUUACCUAUACAAUAUUACAUUAUAACGUAUAUAUUUAUAGAGCCGACGGACGCGCGUUGUGCGCAACAGCACAAAACUGUCCCGUUAAUUUCGUUGCGUGCGUUACAAUAUGAUUAUUAUUACUAUCGUAUCGAACGUAUAUUUUAUUAUACAUAUACUCUUUGGAAGAAAAAAAAAAAAAGAAAGAAAAAUAAGUGUAUAGGUGUAUUGAAAACCGUCACAAUGGACAUUAUUUCCGUCGUCUUCCGGUCUUCGAAUCGCCAAACUCUCGCCGUAACGUAUUGCGCGGGAAUAGAUUGUCCGCCGCGAACGGACCGUUUCCGCGCCUUUAGCGUACUUGCUGCCGAGGGGAUGGUGAUGUGGCACAUCCUUCUGGAUGUGCCCCCGAGGAUCUCCGAGGAUGCUCUACUCCGGACAGUUUUGGUUAUUCGAGUUGCUCCGGUGUAUUUUAUCGUCCCGAAAAACCGCACGUAAUGCAAUUUGUUUCCGGCCGCGGCACUACUACACCGUACCUACGGCGGUUUUCAUGAAAACGCAAGAACGCACACUUUGCCACGCUUUUGUUCGAUGCCGAAACCGAACGAAAUCGUUUUUUCGCGUGCCGAACAGGUCACCGACCCUCCCCCUCUCGUCCACCUACCAUCUCGCAAAAGAAAAUGGCAUAUACUGGAAGUGUUUUUUUUUUCCUCGUCCGUUUCUUCCUCGACAACGCGACUCCCGUGUUAUUGUUAUUACGUACACGUAUUGUCGUAUACGUUUAUACGCGUGACGCGUUCGUGUAGACUCUGUAUCGGAGAAAAAUCAACACUCGGACAAAUCGAGAGUAUGUAAUACAACGUCGUUGUAAAUCGUUGCACAGCCGACGACGACGGCAGCACACGUGAAAGUCGUCACUAGCACGGCUCUCCGUGCACCGCGUUUCUCAAUCAGAAAGCAUAAAAUUACAGCGUACGGGCGGGCGAACGUCCGUGUCCGUGCCGAUGUGAAUGCGUUUACUAAUUGAGUUGCCGGUUAAUUAUUCAGGUGUUACACCGGGUUAUGCUAAUUUCCCGCGUGUUAACGCUACAGACAAUACUGUCGUACGUGUUAAAUUGGUAAAUCCGUCUACGAAAUUUUUCUUUAGACACAAAGAUUCGGAUUUUCGAAAAAAAAAAAAAAAUGCGUAGAACAUCCACCCAGCGAAAACGAAACCGAACAGUUGUAAAUCUAUUUUUUUAUCAUUUGUUUUUUUUUAAUUUUUUUAUUAUUAUUAUUCUAAGUGUAGCGUGGAAUGUAUCGGUUUAACAAUGCGCGAACAGCUUUUAAUUACCAGAAAUCUCGUCUAUAGAGAAAAUUUUAUCUACACAGUUAGUGUAUUAGUUGUUUUUCCUUUGAGUUAAUUAUUACAAUUGGAGAAAAACGAAGAUUAUUAGAAAUAAUCAUAGAGAGCUGAAAUUCCAACGGAAUACUAGCCAAUUAUUGACCACAUGGUGAAAUCGUCAACGCUUAAAAAUGUAAAUGUUUGAGCUAAACAAAAUCGUUUCGGCCUAUGCUUGAAAAUCGCACACACGGUUUUUUUUUCUUUUUAUUUAUAAGCGUAUAAAGUUCAAAUAUCGGUUCGAAAAUCGUAUGAAAACCACGCGACGCUUCAAAACGUGUUUGACCGCCGAAUGUCGUAACGACUCCGCGCGCGCGCGUCCCAACACCUUCCCGGCUUCCCGUCAACAACAGCGUCACGCCCGUCAGCGGUAACGGCGGUUUUCAUUUUUUUUUUUUUUUUUUUUUUUUCGUUUCUUUUGUUUUCUGUUGACGUUGUAACAACUACGGGACGUGUCUUCGACGGAUUUUUUUUUUUCUUCUGUUCGCAUAACACAUUGAAGUUACGCGCGCACGCGGUUUUCGCCUCUCCAAUUGAAAAACCGCGCGGUCUUUCGAAAAAACGCUUACGUCACCCGCACGGCGCGGGCGUCGCGUACGUUAUUAUCGCGUGCGCGUACACGUCGCGCGACGUGUUACACCGUGGCGGCGGCGGCGGCGGCGCUCUCGCUCGCGCGCGGGGACGUCGUCGUCGCCGUCGUCGUCCGCAACGAAAAUCCGUCGAUUUUUCACGGAAACCCGUCGGUCGCCGCUGUGUGACGGCGUAAUAACGGCACCGGCGAUUGUGCGACAGUGUAACGGUCCGAAACGACGCGCGAUGUUAUUAUCGGUAUUAUUAUCGUGUUAUCAUUACUCGCGCGCCCUCCCCCCGCCGCCCGCCCGUACGCGGGGUGCCGCGACAAUAACGCGCGGCCGCGGUGGCGCAACAGCUCCGCGGCGGCAGCGCCACCCGGAAUCUGUUUGCGUUGCGGUAACGGCGUGUUAGGCGCGGGCGCGCGGCGAAUACGAACAGUAAAUUUCGCGUUGUUCGCGCGGACCCGUUUCGUCCGGGGAAAUCGCGUGUUCGAUACGCGCGCGAAUAGACGAACGCAAACGGGUCCGGGCGGAAUGCAGACGACAGUGUUUACCGGUGACGCGUAACGCGCGGGCCGCGAUGUACGCGUCGGCCGCCGCGGAUUUCCGUUCGCGGAUUUCGGUGUUACGCGCGCGUUAUUUAACGCCGACGGUACGCCCGAAACGGCGAUCGGGGACAAUCGAUAUUCGACGGAUCGCCCGUGCAACGACACCGGGCGGAUAAAAGGCAAACGCCUGAAAGACGCUGGAAACAAAGUAAAAGGGAAAAAAAAAACCCAUUCCGUGUCGGAGAAACGCGACAGUAAACGAUAUGGAAUAAACCGAGUGUUUUUUUUUUUUUUUUGUUUUUUUUCUUUCUCGGUUUUUCCGCUGGGUUACAUUGCAUUUUUCUCUUUUUAGAUUCCGAGCGGAGCUACGAAUGUAUCGGGUUUACAAUGAUGUUUAUUUUUUUUUUUUAUGCGAACGUUUUUUAUACCAGAAAUCAUACUGCGAUUGUCAAGUACGCGGCGCCUUUUUCCGAAAAGAAAAUAUGUUCUCUGGGUGGUACAUCGGAAAGGGCAUUUUUUGAAAUUCUCAUUAAUAUUUGAGAUGGUGAGGAAAACCUGGUUCUUUAGGUUAAAAAGAUUGAAAUAUUUGUAUUAUUUUAAUCUUUUUUAAACAAUCAUUGUAGUUAUGAAAACGCACAUUAUACUUUAAUAUGACAUAUAUGGUAUGUAUAUUGUUGACAAAGCAUUACUAUCAAGUAUCAACUAAAUUCGGCUCAGAAUCGUUUUUAGUUAGCAAUGGUUUAUCGUCGCUUACAGAUGUAUAUUAAAUUCUCUUCUGCAUUCUACGUUCCAAACCUCCCACCUACAACAGUGGCCGCACCCACGUGCGAAAUUGCCCGUACAUUUAUUUAUUUUUCAUUUAUACUUUACAUUUAUUUAUUUUUUUUUUAUUAUACCAUACUACUAUAAUUAAAUUACUUGCAUUUUAUUAUCUUAAUAUUAUCAAUUUUAAUGUUAAAUAAUCUAUAUGUCUCUUUUGUUGAAUACCAAUGUGAAUUAGUGGAAUUCAAAACCCCCCUCUCCUCUCGCCACAAGCUGGCUUAAAGAGAGAAUAAUCAACUCGUAUUAUAUACAAAUUUUUAAUUUGAAAUUCUAUAUUAUCAUUCUUCGAUUCUUUGCGAUUUUUUUUUACGUAAAACUCAAUUUUAAAUUCUGAACGAGACGUACUUUUUUCCUCAGAAAGCCUUUUUUUCUGUCAGCAAAGAGUGAGGAAAUUAUUGUCGUUUGACGGUUGUUUCACUUGUAAUAUAUAAUUUGAAAUUCUCCGCAGUUCAGUUACAGUUAGAUCGGUUCUUCUUUUUGUUUUGCUUUUCACGAAAAACACGUUUUUCGGUAAAUACAAUUUUCACCACAUCGUCCUAACCAAGAGACGCGGAUUACGUUAUGGAGUUUUCGGGCCGUGUAUACUUUGUUUGAAAAUUACUCAAUUUUGCUUACCGAAUUAUUUUCCCGAAAAUAGAGAUUAUCGCGCUGUAUCGUGUCUGUUAUAUAAAUACAUAUAAUUUCCCCGCUACUAUACUGGACACGUUCACCUCCUGUGGACCGAAUGAUUUCGAACUCGACAGUUGUUUUAUAUUAAGCGGAUCGAUUCGAUAAAAUGUUGGUCAAAUUUCACCGUGUAGUAUUGUGGUAGUUAUUUUUUAGAUUAUCCCUAUAAACCUUCCCGUUCCAAGUAAAGCCAAAGAGAUGAAAUUUCAUCCACGCGUUAUGGUAUUUUAUUGACAAAAAAUAUACAAUUUUUCGUUUGUGGGUAAAAUAUUUCCGCGUAAAUUAUCUAAACGUACAGUUAUUAUGACUAGGACUUUUUGAAUCGCACGACAUUGCUGCCGCUGCAUUACAAGCACAUUUUUUCACUGCCACGACCAGUUUUACAGUUGCGUCCUUUAAAUAAUCCCCGACGACCAACUACUCCUUGUCCCGCGGCUUCGCGAACAGUUGAACGCCAUUGUCCAACUACACCAGUAAUUGGGCGUCAAUAGCCGCGGAAUGUCUAUACAAUAUUACGGCGUUUACACAUUUUUCGGGACAAUAUACGUGAUUUACCGCGUUUAAGUCUUUCGCGUAUUAUUUUACGAGGACAAAUAUGUUUCGGAUGUUCGGACUUUCAACCGUUCCCCGACCAUUUUUAUAUUCAAACGUUCACGGGAAUACCGGGUUUUUACGUAUCCCCCCCACCGUAUAAGCUCGUAAAAAAAAACGAAAUAUCUUAACGGCAACCGGGGAAAUUCGACUCGAGUGACUCUGGUGGUCGUUGUUUUCGUUCCCGUGAUACUCGAUCGCUAUUACAUACAGCUCGGUAACAGCACGACAUCACACGCGGUUUGAUGGUAAAACGGAAAUUCCGCGUCGCGAUACGUCUACGGCCUGUGCGAGAUCGGGUUCAGCACAGUAGUAGUAUGCGCUGAAAGAGUAUCGCGAACGCUCGUGAGAUUAUAUCCGAGUAAAAAUUAAACCUGUACGCGUUAUAGAAAGAAAAAAAAACCGUUUUUAAAAAAACAAAACGAGGAACACGAGUACACGACAAGCCCGUUUAAUCGAAAAUCGAUUUCCGUCGUCGCGGGCUGUUGUAUUUUCGAUUUCUCCCGUACAUAAUGCCAUAACAAUACUUUAUAGCCGUAUAAUAUUUACGUAAGAAACCGAUACAGGUAAUCCGAGCGAAAAACCUCCGAGGACCGCCACCGUGGACAAUACCGUUUCGGGAAAAAUCGCACGGUUACACGGUCGCCACGCCGCCGCGGUUCGUUUUUUUUUCCUCCGUCAUCAGCUCGUUUAUUUCAUACGUAUGAGUCGGCUAGAAUCAACAGUCGCGUGUUCCGAAAAAUGGUAAAAUUAGAGUUGUUAACACUGUCUUGUGGAACGUUUGACGGGGAAUUCGAAUCUAUAGAAUAUUAAUUGGUUUCAAUAAUUUGGCGUUAUUUAACGUAACGGUACCUUCCUUGAUUUCCGUAACAUGCGACUCGUAUACCCGAAUGUUUAGUAUUUUUUUUUUUUUUUUUUUGUUAAUAGACAUAUAUUUUUUUUCCGCUAUACUUUUUUCCCGCACGCGGUUCUUCGCCGUUGGAUUUUCGCCGCGGAAUCGGUUCUUUCCGAGGUCGUUUCCGAGGACGACGACGAAAUCUCGUAUAAUAACAAAAUAUUACGUCGAUAUACCGAAUGACACGUUACGCGCAUGUAAAGUAUUAUGUGCAGUGCUGUCAAUCCGGUUUUGUUCCAGUUCAAGCGACGAGUUCGAAUGACCGCGCGGAAACCCUCGAUAAGUUCGCGUUGCCGACGUUACCUAUACGAGAGUGAGGGGGGGGACUGACUUAGAGGUCUCCGGUACCCCCCUCCUCCCGACAUUUCAAAAGAGUCGUUAAUUUCCGCGCGGUCUACGAAAGUCUCGCGACUAAAGUCUUAUUAAAUCGUAAUAUUAACCGGUCUGAUUUUAAAUUGUUAUUAUUAUAGGCCGUUGACGAUAUUCGAUAUUCGAGUAUACGUCACAGAGUAAUAAUAUUCUCUGUUUUAUUUCUUUUCUUUUUUUUUUUUUCUAUCAAAUUAACAGACUUAACGGUUAUGAUAUAAUAGAUUGAGGCGCGAUCGAGGACGUUAAAAAUACAAAUGUGUGCGUAGCCGUGAAUACAGAAACCAAAACCUAAAAUAAAACCUCGGUAACUGCAGCACGCCGAGAACCUACGGGAGACCCCGGUUAAACCGCCCACCACCCCGCCGCGCAAAAAACACGAUCAGCCUUACCCCCAUCCCAAAAGAAAAAUCCCGGCUACGCCGCUGCCCCGCGGCCCUAUACGAUUCGGUCCGAAAACGCCAAACCCAAAUACGGUCGACGCGAAGAAAAAAAAAAAAAACAACUUAUAAUAUCUGACGAUUAUUGUAUACAUACAUACACACAUACACACAAGUACGGCCGGCAGUCACGUUCGCGUGCCAUCUGCGUGUGUACGCGGUCUAUUUUCGUCGUUUCAAUUCGUCACGAUUCCUAUAAUAAUAUGUGUACAAUGUACCGUGUAUUUAGCAAAUCGUAUGCGAAUCGUGAUGUUCCGUUCGCUGUGUUCGUAACCCGUCGCACACCCGACGGGACAAACUCCUGGACCCCGCUCCGCGAUAGCGUCUCUAGUGCGCGUAUAAUCGAAGGCAUUAGUUUGGUAUUGGUUUUGCGGUGUAUUUCGAACGUCACGGAACCGCCGUCCGAACCGAAACGCUUGCGGAGCGCAAGUCGGUAAGUCGGCCGCGCUCGAGCGGGGGGAGAACGGGGUGUCGUGCGGAGUAGAAUUAGCUGUGCGAAGGGGGGGGGGGGGAGGGGAGGGCAUUCGCGAAAAAAAACGGUUCGGUAUUUGAAUCGAAUCCGGCGGAAAUCGUCAUUUUACUGUAUGCGUACGGUAUAAUAGCAUAAUAGUCGCAUAUCACAUUCACGGUCCGUUCCGCGGCACACACAGUAAAAACGCAAAAGCGUUCCGUCCGUGAUUAUUGCCACCGACUGCCGCGGCCGUUCUCGCUCAAUACCAGCGAGGAUACAAGCGCAGUCGAUUCGAUAACGCGCGUUCGCAUAUGCCCGCCCGUCGUAUUAACACUUGACUCUGUACACUUAAAUGCGCGGAACAGAAAAAAAAAAAAAAAAUGUGAAAAUAACGAUUGACUACGGUCGCCGUACGGUUUCUCGGGUGUACAUACCCGUGUAUACAUUGUGUACUGUAACAAUGACGUUUGCUGUUUUCAGGGUUCGGCGAUCUGACCAGAAGCCCGCCGAACAUACGGGUGGAUAGGAACUGGGUGGUCGAAUCCACGGCUCCCGUGGGAACGGUCGUGGCCCGCGUGCACGUGUCCACGGACCCCGGAGGCGAACCGCUGGUGUACGGUCUGGAACAUUCGUCGGGCUUCAACAUGAACCAGGAGAACGAGGAACCCAUGCCGUUCACCAUCGACGAGAACGGCCGGGUGACCACCAACACGUCGUUGGCGGACAAGGUAUGGUUGACGAAUCCGUGACAGUUUUCGAGGCGAAAAACCGCUUUCAUAGAUUGCUCUGUCCGUGAACGGUCUUUUCGACAAACUCCCUAAAACUUCGUCGCGCCAUUUUUAUUAUCCGUGUCUGUAGUCGGUACGUUAGACAGGUCAUUUUUUUGAGAAUUUUAUCGUAAGGUUUUCCCUUUAAGAAAAAUUCGUCAUUUUUUUUUUUUAUUCUCGAUUUCUGUGGUCCCUUCGUAAAAACAAAAUGACGGUGGUAAAAAUGCUGAGUGUCCGCCACACAAAUGUUCAGUUUUUUUCCGAUCCCGGUAAAACGAACUUUGCGCGCUUGAUUUUCAAAACAACAGCCGAAGGUCACCGUGUUAUUUUAUCGCGAAAUUCAACACCUAAAGAGCGACCGACGAUGCGGUGUUUGGAAAAAAAAACCGAAAUUUGCUGGAAAUUUAUCGUUAUUUCCUCGGCGGCGCUGAUGAAAAACCCGGUCGUCAUUGUCGUUCGUGUUGAUUAUCGCAGACAAGGAAGGAAGUACGCCCCCUGUAACGGACGGACUGCCGGGUGGAAUUUCGAUUUACUUCGGUCGGUUUCCGUUCUGGAUGGGAUCGCCGGGUAAUACGCGCACGCGUGCACGAACGCCAUAAUAUUAUAACUUCCCGGUUUCCCGUCUACAGCGGUGGCCCGCCACCCGUAGCGCGGUGGAACAAAAAAGAACGGACGCGUUGUUUUUAUUAUUAUUAUUAUUUUUUUCCCCCGAUUGUUUUUCGCGCGACUCUCGGAAAAAUGACCUUUCCGGGGGGGGGCACUCGCGUUCUUUAAUACCAUGCGACGUCGCCCCGUGCCUACCGCCACAUUAUCGCUGUGGGAGACACACGUCGCCGGCGAAAUAUCGUGUCGUACCGUGUACUAUUUAUAGCGGUUGCAAUAUCGUGGCAGUUUGCGGGAUUCGGCGCGUAAAAAUCACGGACUCGCAAUUAUGUUAUUGCCGGCGGAAAAAAUUGCGCGCGCGGGUACGGCGCGUGCCGGGGGCCGCGGGGUGUGCAACGCGCGUGGGCGGCGUCGUCGGUUUCCGGGCGAGGGAUAUCGGCGGCGAUUUCGGACAAACGAUAAUAACGCGUAAUAAUAAUAAAAAAAAAUAAAAUAAAAUACAAAAAUAAUAAUACCGACGCUGCGAAACAACAUACGGACGUGAACGAAUAUCGCGCGCGCACGCGGUAUAAAACAAAGUAUACCUACGGUGCGUGUAAUACCAUAGUGUACGUACAAUACCCACUCGUAUUAUCGUAUUGUUAAAGCCGAACGAGGAGACGCGGAAAACGACGGCGAUAAUAAUAAUAAUACCUAUUUUUUUUUUUUUAUAUUUUUUUUUUAUAUUCCGUUAUACUUACCUACGUAUGCCGUACGUAUGAUUUUUCAACGAAAACCCGUCGCGAAAUCGAAACCACGAGGCCGCCGGUCCGCGGGAAACGACGUGAACAACGACGACGCCCGACCGGUCCGGCGGGGAAAUUCGGUAUGGCGCGUACAAAAUAGGAACAUUGUCGCGUGCAACAGUACGUUUUCAUCCGGAUAAAGGCCGCGACGACGUUUGUUGUCGGCGGACGUGAUCGAAAAUGUUUAUUGAAAAUCGGCAACGGUUCUCGCGACGUGCCGGCGCGUCGUAUCCGCGAAUAACCGUUCGGAACGACCUUGAAAAUGUAGAUAAGAAUGUUUGAAAUUCAGCUCGGAAAAAAAAAAAAAAACGUUUGCAAACGCGCGCAUAUAAUCAGGCGCGGAUUAACGCGGAUUGAAAAUUUCAACAACCGAAAUCCGUUUAGAUUACUGAAUAUCCGUUUAUAGAACUUUUAACGGAGGUUACCGUUUGAAAAUCGAGAGUCGGCAGUCGUUUUAUUGCCAAAAGCGAGUGUGACAAAAAAAAAUAAUGUUAAUUUUUGUUUUGUUUUUUUUUUUUCAAUAAGCCCAUUUUUCGCUAAAUAAUGUGUGUUCAAUGAUAAAAGAAUCACUCUGUAUAUACAUGUAUACAUGUAUUCGGACCUAACCGACUGGCACGGACUAUAUACCUCAAUUUCAGUAAUCCGAAUCCGUUUUUGUUUCUCCGCCGUUUCGUGAAAAGCGUCCCGAUACCGACCGUAUAGCCGUGGGCGGUCUUCGUUUGCGGCAUCGCCAAUGUUAAUUUUGACCUUUUUCCUAAGACAGUUGCGCGUUGUUCGAUUUUUGUGUUACACGCCGUUUUCGCAACGGCCGAUUAAAAGACCAUGCGCGUCAUUUGCGCAUCAAUAUUGUUUCGCUAUCAUUAUAAAUUGGUGCGAAAUUGCUGGUAGAAAAUUCGUCCACAGUAAGAAAAAAAGCCGUAAUAUAUUUCAACUAAUACCUACGUUUCUUAUAUUUUCCCGUUUUUCACAUUUGAUGACGAAACUCUUGGGAAAAUCGUAAAAUUACCUCCCGAUAAGUACAUUUAUAAUAAAUUAAUUAAAUCUCCAAUUUUUGACUACACACAAAUUUUGGAUGUUUUCACGAAUUUCGUCGAAAUUAGAACUUCGAAAUGCUUAUUCGACGAAAACUCGUCGUGCGUUUACGUUGUUCGACGCCAUUCCGCUGUUCGUCGCGUCGACGCGCAUACGUGACGAUGUGUGAUGAUUCGGUGCGUUUGGUGCAUCGCAACAGACGCGCGACGCGCAAACGCUUUACGGCCGUAGCCGCUCGCCCGUUUUUCAAUUUUUUUUCAAUUUCGUCGGAACACGUGCGUGUAGCGCAAAGCGUAAAACGUAUUGGACCGAACACAACGGCGGACACUCGCGGCGGUCUCGUUGCGCGCCGCGGAACGGAUUCGGAGAACGAAACGGCGCCGUAAACCCGAACGCGUAAACAACGACGCUGUUAUUAUUAUACACGUUCUCGUCGAGUUUCGCGACCGGAUUAUCGGAUGUAACAAUGUAACAACAAUAAAUCGUUCAUGAUAUUAUGCGAAAUGACUCGAUCCGCGGCUCGCGCACGCCCGUGUAAAAACACCCAUAACGAAAGCCAAAAGUAGAACGAGCCGGUCGUUUGGCCGUGCGGCGAGUGCACGUAACGAUUGUGCUGUCGUUCGUUGCGCGGUCGGUUGUGUUUUUUCUUUUCUUUUAUUUUUUUUCCUUUCGCCGCCCGACGCGCCGCUCGGCAGUGUUUCCAGGCGCGGCGGACGCGUUGAAAAAUAAUAAUUAUGGAAAAAAUGCGCGUCUGUCGGUCAGGCGCGACGUCUCGUCUCGAGUGUCCGCGCGAGCCUCGAACGUCCCGGUCGCUUUCGGCCGGCGGAUUUCGCGACGAUUUCGAGGGGGGGGGGCGGGGGAAACGGUCCGGACGGUUUGGCGUAUCGAAUCUCGGCGGUUUUCGAUAUCGCGUAAGUCGCGGCGGAACGUAUUCGAAUGAAACGAAUGGGGUUGUAUUCCCGAUAUCGACAAACGAUCGGGUCGUAUACAACGGCCGUCUGGUUUCGCGUCGAGCUCGAGUUUGAGGGGAAGUUUGCGGGCGAAGGUGUAGGAGAACGCUGGCCGCGAGGCAAAUAUCAUACGGGACUGGCAUCGCCUCGGCUGCACGGGGGCGGGGCGGAGCAAUGGUCUACGGAUGUUUCCGUCGGUGCACGGGAGACGGUGUACACGCCACAUCGUUUAGACUACGGGUUUGUGUGCGCUUAAUAUCCGCAAAAAAACAGCGUUUAAAUCGUCGAAAGAACGAUGAAAAAUAUUUUUAAAAGCGGCAGGAGGAGUUUUAAAGUCCCCCACAAUUGUGUGGGCGUAGAAAUCCAUUGGCCUGUACAACAGCAGCCUGGGGCCCGGGACCGCGGUAACGAUCAGACAUUGUAUUGUUUACCGUUUUUCGUUUCAGGAGGGCAAAAACAUUUACUUGUACGUGACCAUCAACGACGGACACCUGACGUCCAAAACGCAGGUGUGGGCCAAAGUGGAAGGGCCCGGCGGCAACGGCCGAAAGCCGACGGGCUUUCUGCCGCCCCAGUUCCGACCGCCCCCGCCGCCGUCGAUCCCGAUAAACGGCAUCGGCGGCGGUUUCCCGGGCGGUGUCGUUUUCGCGCCGCCGAACAAACCGCCGCCGCCGACGCCGGCGAGGACGGCGCCGCCGCCCAGGCCGUCCGCAACCAAAGUUCCUACAGCGCGGCCGACGGCGGCGCCGACGGUCGCCGUCACGCAAAAAGCGACCACCGCGGCGGCCGCGGUCCCGGUCGCCGAGGCGUCCACGUCGCCGACCGCGGCCGGCUCCGCGGCGACCGUCACCGAGGACGCCGCGGCCACCGUCACCGAGGACGCCGCGGCCGUAGCCACCGCGACCCGGUCGAACGACACGAGAAACGUCACGGAGACGGCGCUCACGCCGCCCACGGUGACCACGCAGCAGCCCGUGCAAAACAACCUGGUGCUGGCGCUCGUGCCCUUGGCGGUCGCGACCGUUUUCCUGACCGCGGCCGGCGUGCUGGCCUGCCUGUUCCGCAAAAGGCUGUUUUCCGCCAAAGUCAAAUCGAAAAAAGUCAACUCCAUCGUAAGUAUGAUAUAUCGGUGUACGAUGACACGCCCUCCGGCAGCAUUACGAUUAUUGCUGUUACUCGGCGGUACCGGGGGCGUUUGUAUUGAAAAAAUAAUAAUAAUAAAAUAUAUCGACGGUGUUUUGUUAAAACGCAACGCGGUGUUCGCAAAGCAUACGCGUCGUACAUGCGUCGAAUGCGGCGCGUACGCCUUUCGAACGAAUCGUUGUGCGGCUUAAUUACAUUUUAAAAUGGCGUCCGGAUACGUUUUAAUCGACGUGGUACCGACUUGGUUUCGUGCGUUUAAACGCGACCUUUCACCAGUUUAUGCUUCUGGUUUUUCUGAUUUGUUUCUCUCGUCUACCGAAAACGCACUUUUCGAUUUCCAGUGGAAUACGUCGGUUUAACAAAACACCCGUCGAAUGUGUAUUGCACGCGUUAUUGAAUCGGGGCGCGGAUUUAAAUGCUAUAAAAAAAAAAAAAAAAAACACUAUUUAAUGCACUUGCGCGGGAAAAAAGAGAUUAUUUUAAACGUUGAAAAAAAAAACAUAAAAAAAUGUUUUUUUAUCGGGCGCAUAAAAUAUUUUGCUAAAAGCAACAGCGCGAACGGUGCAUUACGACUGCAGUACAACUCGAUAAAUACAGCUUAUCGUUUUAUGUAUUACGGCCGCGGCGCGGCACACGUCUGGUACGCGAUCCGGCACUGUGUAUCUACAGUACGUUUUAAAAACAGAAAUAUGCGUUGUUUUUUUUUUUUUUUAUCUAUUGGCGAUAAAUCGAAAUUUUUUUAUAAUUACGAAAAUUGUCCGAUAACAACGCUGCGCGAAACUCGUAGGAAGGAGGACGCGAUGCCCGUGAAGACCCGAAAACGCGAUCAAAACGCGAGAUAAAAUGUUCGCGCGUUUUGACCGUCCGAUGCGCGCCAAAAACACGACAGUUUUAAUACUAAAUACAAUAGAAACUAUUGUUUUCCGGACGUUUCGAAAACGUCGCGUACCGCGUUAAUAUUCUGAUCCGCGCCCCGGUUGCUAUCCGGCCGACCGUUGGCCACGUCACGUGCUGUCCGCGCCUAUCGCGGACAUGCUCCGGUUGCGGCAAUAAUAACAAUAACAACAAUAAUCCACCCGGUACGUUUUUCCGCGCUCCAGGGAAAAUUGAAGAGCUCGAGAUCGGACGACCCGAUGGUCAUGCACCACUGGAGCGGACCACGGGCUUUCACCCGGUACGAGAGCUGGGGCGCCGACCCGGCGACGGCGCACGGACAGUACGCCGGCGGCAAAGAGUCGGCGAUCAAGGAGACGGACCCGUGGGAGAUCCCCAGGCACCACGUGCGCGUGUGUUCGAUACUUGGCGAGGGCAGUUUCGGACAGGUGUGGAAGUGCGAAGCGUACAACGUGAUGGGUAAAUACGCGCGUUAAUAAAUUUUGCGUUUUUUUUUUUUUUUUUUUUCCCCAUCGAAACAUAUUAUUAACGUUCCGUGCGCACCGCUGCAGGGUUCAAGGGCAACAUGGUGGUCGCGGUCAAAACGCUCAAGGACAACGCGGGCGAACGGGAACGGCUCGACCUGGUCCAGGAACUGCAGGUGAUGAAAUCGCUGGAGCCUCAUCCGCACGUCGUCAAGCUGUUGGGAUGUUGUUCGGAAAGAGGUGAGCGUUCAUUAGGACGGGAUAACCGCGCCAGUCUCGGUACGCGGCGUUUGUCGCGUGAAAACGACGGUCGUUUGAUAGUCGGAAAAUACACAGGGAAACGUUUGUGUCCGCGUGACGGUCCGGCGAUUAUGGCGAUCGUUGCAGUAGGAUUAUUAUUCAGAGCGUUUCGAAACGAGCGAUAUUCUUUCUCUCGGCUCGGACCGUUUAGAAAGCCGGUAAACGGCUCUGCGGUACGAGCGGCCAAACGCGACCGAAAACCCGACGUUUCGUUUUUUAUUGAUUGUACGAAAUUGCCGGUUCGCAGAGUUGAUUCUUCUGAACAUUCCGAAGUUUCGGCUUUUUUAAUUUUCGUUUGAAAAAAUGUGCCUGCGAUUAUGCGGCGGGCACCGUAAUCGCGUUCACUAAUCGACUGUCAUUACUAUUGUUAUGGAUAAUUAUGGACCGUACCCGUUGUGUUGAUUUUACAAUGGUGUUUGUGUUUUCUUUUUUUUUUUUUUUUUCUGGAAAUUUUAUCUAGACUACCAUCCAUAUUUUCGGAGACUUGAAAUUUGAACGAAAAACUGAUAUUUGCCCAUUUUUAAACGUGGUAAAAUUUUCAAUAAAUGUUAUGCAUUUUUGAGCUAUUUAUGGACAUUUCGCGAGUCUUUCACGCGAUUUUUAUUCGGUAUAGGUACUCGGUGGAUAAAAUUGUUGGAUCAAACAGAAACGCAUGGUCAUUUAACACGACGUUCAUUAUAAAUCGCAUUUUGUUGUAAAAAAAAAAAAAAAAAAAAGUUUAAUAUAGUAUUUUUUUUUUUUUUUUUUUAUACAUAUAAGAAUUUCACUAUCAAAUUUUGCCUUUCAAAACACACGUAAUCGAACUCGGCUUUUCGCCGGCACAGACAUACGUUUAAUUCCCAUCAUCGCGCAUUCGCGCCCGCAACAGCGGCCCGCCCGUCGCGCGGAACGCAUCCGUUUUUUUUUCCACGAACUUUAAAAAAUUACUAAAAAAAAAUUCGCGAAUUCAAUGACAAUAAAAUGUUGACCGGACGUCAAGCGCGUGUGCGUUGGCACCGUAUCGCAGAUGAACAUUAUUUAUAUCGCGCAUGUACAUGUUUUUAUGCGUCAUCGCUCCGUGCGAUGUUCACCGGCGCGCAUGCGCGCGUCAUUAAAUCGUCCGCGCGUUAAAAUCUCCGGUUGGAUUUUUAUUUUUUUUUUUUUAUUCACGUCCGCGAUUUCCGUGGUCGUACACGUUCGGACGUUCAAUCAUUCUCACGGGCAACGAUUCUCCGCCAAACUCGACACGUCCCCAUACGAGAACGCGCGUGCACGUUCGGACACGAAAAUCGCGAUUUGUACGAUUCAACCUCGGUAAUUAACCGUGCACUCGUUACAGUACGGUGCGUGAACGGUAAAUCGAGCACACCCGGCAACGUCUUUGCGCAGAUUCGCGCAAUUCGAAAUUCGUUUUCGGCCGUUGUUUACCCGGCAACACACAAUCCUACGGUCUCCGCGAAUUUUUCACCGUCCGUUGGACACACGCGUGGCAACGCGACUUUUUUUUUUUUUUUCUUAAACGGCCACCCCUACUUUUGACUGCUAACACAUUUUUUUUUUUCGUGGAUUUCGGCGGUUUAACCGGUUGUCCGUGUUCAAUAUUGGCUGAGGGCGAUUUAAAGUUUUCGAUACGUGUAUUAUUAUGUUAUUCGUAUUAGCGUCCGGACUGCCGAGCCUGCGAGUCCGUCGCGAACGUGACAGCGCGAGACGACGGUUGACGCUUGUAGGUGCAGCAGAGAGUGUAUUCCGUAUAGCGAAUUCCGAUAGCGCUCGUCAAUUUCCACGCAGAAACCCCCGUGUGAAUAAAACGCCGUCGAACAGAACGGCAGUAUGCAGUGUCCGCGUUGUGAUAGCUACUGUCACUCUCGAGACGUCGUCACGGCUAUAGACUGUCGUGCGUCGCGACAGUUCGACACUGUUCCAGUGACGAUAGUUUACCGCGACACGCGUGUAUAGAGUUAUAGGUACUAUCACGGUACAGUGAAUCACACGGCGACGGUUAUGGCAACACGGUCGUGUUACGAUCCUAUCGCGAAACCAUCGGCGUUUACAUUUUUCACUAUCGCGACAGUGAACGCCGUAACGUUUCCGUUACCGCAUUCGUAAUCAAUUUAAACUUGUGUUUGCGCUAAUUAUACAGAAUGUUCCUUGGCGAAGAUUCGACAAACGCAAAAACUUUGCUAUUGUCCUGCUAAUCAUGGACAAUUUUUUUUUUCGCAAAUAAUAACUGAAUUGCAUAUUUUUUUAAAACUAAAAAUACGGAAUUUUAAUUUGUAUAAAAUUCAAGAUGGUCAUUUUAUUGUACGAAAUAUUUGAUACAAAAUGAUGGUGUUGAAAAUGUUUAGUUACUAAUGACAACGAAAGUUUCUACGAUUUUUUAAAGUAGACGUACAAAAAUCAUUCAUAAGAUUAUUGUUAAGGAAAAAUCGACGAAUUGGUUACAGAUAUUAUUUUGAAAAAUGAUUUUUUUUGUUAAUUUAUUUUUGUCGGCCACAAAAUUAUUUGGAAAUUUACGAUUCGUCAUUAGUAAAUAUUUAUAAAAUGGCUUUCUUUUAAUUUAGUGAAAACGAUUUUAUUUUUUUACAUUUAAAUUUGUUAAAUUAAACAUAUGUAUUAUUACUUAAUAUAAAAUAAAUGAUAACAAAUUUAAAAUACUGUAAAAACAAUUACAAUGAUUUGAUUUGUCGAAUCUUCGCGGGACAUUUUCAUUAUUGCGGGGCGUUCCUAUUGUUGGAGUUUUUUUGAGUAUUCGAAUUUCCCAAGUGGAAAAAACCGGUUCAGAAUAAUUCUGGAAAAAAAAACCGCGGGACUUUUUUUCGUUUUUUCGCACACAAUAUAGGAACGCCCGCGGCGUACGCGACAACGGCAAUAACAGCGAUAACGAUAAUAUAACGAUGAUAAAAAUUAUUUCGUUUCCGCAGAUCCCCUGUUCGUCGUCAUGGAGUACGCGAAGCUGGGCAAACUCCAGAGCGUGCUGAGGAAUUCUCGCGGCGUCAACUACUACACGAACACGCACGGGCCGAGUUCGUUGACGUCCCACGAGCUCAUUAUGUUCUGCUAUCAGAUCGCCAAAGGAAUGGACUUCUUGUCGUCUAAAGGGGUACGGUACAUUGAACCCGAACGCGCGUAAUGAACCUGCGCGCCGACGUUAAUUGCGUUAGGAAACGGCUAUUAUUACGCCGCCGUUAUCGGCGUUGCCAUUAGCGACACGCACGGAUACGGCGGAUUUUUUUUUUUUUCGCCGCGGUUUACGCCGGGGCGCCCGCGUACGGUUUCGCGGUCGGCGGUCCCGCCGUCGUUUUUCGCAGUCGUCCGUUACCGCCGCGGGAAAAAACUACGGCCGGGCCCCGGUGCCGGCCCGUACGGAAAAUCACGGCGUUUUCGAUACGCGGGCCGUUGCCGGUCAAAAAUCGAAAACGAAUAAUAUCCGUCUGGCCGAAAACGUUUUUACCCCCCCCCCUCUUCUUCUUAUUUUCGAAGCCGCCCGUCGCCCGGACGUUAACGGAUUCCGGUAAAUGUCAACGCACAACAAACCGCGGUGACGCAUGGCGUCUCGCCCGGGGACCGACCGGCCCGCAUAACGUACGGCGUGUGCGUUCCCGCCGGAAUUCUCGCGUUUUGUGCGCCGUGCCGACGCCGCGUUGCAGUCUCGUUGAAAAUGAUCGUGUUCCGCGGCGGUCAACUGCCCCCUAUUAUUAUCGUAUUAUUUCCUCGAGAGCGGUACAAUACACGGGCGUACCUACGCGCACCCGCGACCCGUCCGUUAUCCGCUCGACGUUACCGCGUCAUUAUCGUUGCGCGUUACGAAACUGUUGUUUCGUCGGAGGAAACGUUGCAACGGUUUUUCGAUAUUAUGCGCGCACACACACACACACACCUAUGUACCGGCGGAACGCCUCCAUCCGUACGUGCGCACGGACAAAACCGAGCGGUUAUUUCGUGUUCUCCGCGUGCGUUCAUACGCGUAGUUAUUAUACUUUCCCGGGUCGUCCCGCGUGCGUGCAACGCGAUCAGAAUUCGUGUUUCGCGGCACACGCCUGGACGAUAGAGAAGAACGCGUAACCGCGUACGAUUUCACCGGCCGCUCCCCACCCCGAGUCGGAAUGUCUUUGUGACGAAGAAAAACGCAGAAAAUUCGGUUUUUUCACCGCCUAGGAGGAAAACGGGGCUUAGAUGACGGCGAGCGUUUAACGGACAGUUGACGGCGAAUGGGCGACGCACGGAUUCAGAAACGAAAAAGAGUUUUUCGGGAACUUUCGGGUCCGAUCGAUUCUUUCAACGGCGGGCCUAAUACCCCCCGGAUCCGCUCCCGUUUUCUGUCGUACGUUUUUCUACGUUUCGGGAACGUAAAUUGACGUAAACUCUACGACUCCUUCUGUAAACGUCUAUUCUUGCGAAAUCUCUUAGUUUUGAUUCGACGAUAUUUUUCUAAAAUAUCUUUUUCGGGUUUUCGGGACCGGAGAUGUCUAUAAAAACGAAUGUGCUCAGAAAAACCGCAGAAACAAUUCAUACUUGCAAUCCCACUGUUCUUCGGCGCUCGGUUUCUGAUUAUAAUCCGGACGAACAUUUUUUUUUUUUUUUUUUGUCAAUCUCUUGGUGAAUCCCUCCAGCUACGAAAUCUACUAUGACAAAUGUCGCAGACAAAUUAGUUGAUCGGCGCCGUUGAGCAAAUGCAUUUAAAAAUGCCGAAACGAAGCCCUCGGGCCCGGUCCCGGGCGUCGGCAGUCGGCCACCGAUUCGCAGGCCCUACGAUUCCGAACGUUGCAUUUUUUUCCCGCUCAUUUCCAAACCGCAAUUUGUCGCUUGCGCGAAAACGCACAUAACAAACGAUAAAUGUUUUGCCGGUUGACGGCGGCGGCGGCGGUCGCCGGUCGCGGUUUCGCUUCGAAACGUUUCGGAAACGUGCGCCGGGCUCGCGAUCGCACGCGUUCAUAACGUCCGGGCCGCUUACCACUCCUCCUCCUCCUCCUCCCCUUCCUUCUACUCCUCCGCGGCCGCCGCCGUACGACGCGACGAUAUUAUUGAGGCGUUUUGGUAGCCGGAAAACCGUCGGGCCGCGGGCUAUAGGUACGCGGUCCGGGGGCAACGGCCCGGAAAAAUCGCGCGACCCGAUUGAUAAUAUUACGACGCCGAAUUCGUUAAGGCGGAAGCGGCCGCCGGUUCGGUGGGAACGAUUUGGGAGAAAAACGAAAAACGGCCAGUCUCAUUAUAACGUCGUAUACGCGGAGAUACGGAAACGGACGGGUUGACAAAAAAAAAAAAAAAAAACCCGCGAAAACCGCGCCGCUAUAAAUUUAAUAAAACGGUUUUUUUUUUUUGUGUCUUCUUCAUUAAGUCAUUUGCGCGACAAGACAAAUACGCUGCAUCCGUCCUUUUGCGGUACCGCCGCCGUCGAUUAUAUCGAUUUUCGCACGGCGAAUCUCGCGAGAUUCCGGCCGCGUAUUUUCGCGACAAUGUAAAUCGCUCGAAUGGGUCCGGACAACGAAAGACGAACCGAGACGGGCGGCUUACGCUUUUCAAAUCGUCAGAGAGAAAAAAAAAAAAAAAAAACCCGAUCGUUGCGACGAGAACCGUAUCGAUAAUAGUUGACAGACGGCCAACGAACCGCGCGACCGCUAAACGAUACAAUACGGUGCAGGCAGUGGCGGCUCGAAUCGCGCGGUUCGCAUAAAACCGUGGGCGUUCAGAAGUAUACGACAAAAAUCAAUAUGUUUUUACAAAACUGCAAGUCAUUAGAAGAAUUUUAGACAGCGGAAAUUCGAUAAAUGUGAACGAAUUCCAAUUCAUUCGUGGUAGGGUGGGGGUAUUUUAGGAUUGGAUGGGUGAGUGGAAAAUCUGUAUCGGUGAUUAAAGGUGGAAAUACGUGUACACGGUUGUACACCUGUGUGCAGUGGCGACCCGUGUAGGCCGAAUCGUUUUACCGCGAUCACUGUUAUUAUAUUUUAUACGCGUGGAUUUCCAGUGCGAAUUUCGAAAACGUUUGUCCGUAUACGAUAGGAGGAAAUUAUUAUUGUAUUAUAACGCCGGAAUCUCGUUAGAGUUCACUCGAAUUCACUUGUCGAACCUUCGCCGAUCCGCGAUAAAAAUAACCGCUCUGUACCUAAUCACAUAGCGGCUUGGGAAUUCGAAAUAUAUCAGUAACUUAACCGUGUUACAUUUUAUUUGAAUCAAAAAAGUUACGAGUUAGUUUUCAUCAUUUUGUCACCGUGUAUGUACGUAUCACGAUGGACAAAAAAAAAAAUAAAUACAAUGUGAUAACAUUUUAAUAACGUUCUGUUACUCAACGAGUUACUUUUUUCAUUUAGGACUAGUAACUUAACCGGGUUAUUUGACUAAGGAACAUAACUGUUACUUACUCGGGUACUAAAGUUGAAUAAAAUCGAGUCCAGCCUUCGCUUACUUAUAGUAUGUGUAAUUCGCAUUUGAAACCGGCGGGCGUGUGCGAGUCAUUGGUAUCGUAUACUCGGCGCGUACGGAACAUCAUACCGACGGAGUUUUGUUAAAAGGGCGUAUGUACCGCUAAAAAUCGAAAAAUACGUGUUUUUUUUUUCUAUUAGCUUUUAAUUGUAACACUACGGCAGCUUGACGAUUAUAAUGUAUACAGCGAGAUUAACCAAAAAUACGAUAAUUAACUGAAAAGGGCGUGAUUAAAUACAGAAAAUUUAGCGCGUAUAACGUCGGCCAAAAGACAUGCGGCCAUCCAAGCGCCCUUUUAAAACGCCGUUGUAAACCAACGCCGAUUUGUUAAAAGGCAGUGUACCACAUUCGACGCUCGUAUACUUCGUGUACGAGUGAUUUCAUCGUUUUCCACGGUGAACGCCGUUAAUAACCGUUUCGCCGUUUUUCUUUUGUGUUUCCCGUAACUGUGAAACUGACGAAACGCCGUCGGUAUGUUCUGUGAAAGAUACUCACGCCGGCGGCGGCAGGGGGCGCCCGGGUAAGGUCCGAGGAUCGCGGGCGAGGUUCGGUCUGCCAUUCGCUCGCGGAGCUUUUCCGCGAUCGCCGGCGAAAAACGGGUACGCGGACCUUUCGAUAUCGCGCCGUCGCCACCCGGCGUUCGUUUGUUAGAAAUUUUGAUCGCGCCGUCGACGCGGACGUCGUUAUGCCGUCGGUUAGGUUAGGUUAGGUUAGGUUAGGUUAGGUUAGGUGUACUCGUUAAUGCGCGGUAACGCGUAACGGCCCGACGCGGAGUCCGGUCUGUGUUAACGAGCCCGUCUCGAUUAGCAUAAUUUAUACGAAACGGACAAAUUGAACGAACUGAAGUGACAUUGUGUUAAUUGCGCGACGGGCGCUCAACGGACGAGUAUUGCCGCGACACCGGGACCUGGGAUUUUACCGUCGCGCCGCUCUCGGGGGUUUUCCAUACGGUGGUCGAUUCCGGGUUCCGGAUUCCGAGCGCGGCGAAGAAGCUUAAUGGGUUUUACGAAUGUAUUUAUUAUUUUUUUCAUCGUUCUUCCGGUCCGCGGACACGUUUUUUCCUGGUAAACUCGCGCCGAUUUUUACGCGUAGCAACUUUUCCGAAAGCCCAAAAUGUCAACGUGGUACUUUAGAAAGGUCGUUUAUUGAUUUUCGAUGCUGUUUUUUAUAUUAAAAAAAAAAAAGCACUAAAGUGGGAAAAAAACGUACAAUUUUACGAUUUCAUUAUUUCAUAAAAACACGGACGACGUUUUCUACCAGAAAAAACGAUUUGAUCGAAAAAUUACAAGAUGCCUUUUUUUGUUGCCUUUUUGAUCAACUUUCUUACGGUAUCAUCGCCCAAGGAGGCCACUUCUCAAUUUUCUCACUCAUCAAAUGCGAAAAACCGAAAAAAAAAAAACAGAAAAAUUUACGAAAUUUAGUAAAUAUAUUAUGAUGUCUUUUUCUGUGGACAAUAUUUCUACCAGCGAUUUUACUCCAACAAUUAUGAUAAGAAUUUUUCUUAAAGGAAAUUGCACUGGAGUGGUACUUUAGAGAGAUAAGUUUUCUAUUUUCUCCGGAGUUUUCUCAGCAAAUAUGAAAAACUGGAAAAACGCAUGGAAAAACCGGGAAAAACUCAGGAAAUCGGUACAACAAAUAUUUUUAAAGAAAAUAUAUAGAGCCUAUUUAAUUAUUUUACUAUUAUAUGACAUAUAUAUUGUUAACAAAACAUCACUAUCAAUUGAAAUCUGCUCAGAAUCAUUUUUUCGUUAGAAAUGGCCGUUACUCACAGAUAUACAUUAAAUUCCCGUUUAUAUCCAACCUUCCCAAUUUCCCACAUACACCAGUGGCUGCACUCGUUCCAGUUAUCUUACUUUUCUCGUCUUUUUUUUUUUUUUUAAUAGAACUUAUCCUCCGUCCGAUCUUACGCGUUACAAUAAUAACGUCUCGUUCCGCGGCGAAAUUACAUUACGAACGAUUAUACGAUGGGAAAAACAACGAAUUAUCCCGGACGCGUUAUUAGUAUCUAAUAAUAUAACAACCGCAAUCGACCGCCGAUUCGUACGCCAUAAUAAUCGCGUUUUCCGCCGAAAUCGAUACCGUAAAGACGAGCUGUAAAACGUAUGUUAAUAAAGGGGAAAGGCGUAAAGGGGUUACGACGUUAACGGUAAUAUUACGCCGGGACUGCGAGCGGGUGAUCCGGGUGAUCGGAAACCGCGUGGCCGGAGAUCGGAGCUUAUUUGGGAAAACUCACGGCAAAUCGGAUUUCUCGUUCUCGUCGGGGGGACAUUACGAGGGAAGGGGGAAGGGAAUGUUUUCGAUUUUAGCUAUACGUACCCUGUAGUAAUAUAAUAUUCUAGUACGUAAAUAUGUAAUAUUAUUAUGCUGGGUUAUCGCAGCGGCGAUAGAUUACGUUACUCGAAUGUAGUCACUAUCGAACUGUUCGAUAGCCGAAAAACUGUUUCGCAGACGAAACGUGUUCGGUAAACAGAACGCUGUUAAUGCGAUUCGUUGAUGUACGCACAGGAUACGAAACGAUCCUCCCGUACCCUUUCAAUUUUCGACGGCGCCGCCCGUCGCAAUCUCGUGUACUAGUCCGCUGCCCGAACUAUCGGGUAGUGGGAUAAAUAUUCGAUUACCGUCAACUAUUCGGCGGUGGGCAAACUAUUCGGUAUAGCUUAUCGAACUUUUCGACAAUGAUUGCUGCGUUCGCUAAACAUUACCAUUCGAGCUGUUCAGUUCAGUACUCGUCGUUACAGAGUUUCGACGGUGACACCGUGUCUUCGAUCGCGCGUAUAACACUCGUGUUCUCAAUUAUUCGCCCCGUCGGUUUCCAUUCCCAGCACUGGUCGAACCGCGCGUCUCCUUCUCGCGUGUUAUAAUAUUCGCUCGCGAAUACUUGUGUAUGCUAUUGUGUACGUAAUAUUUAUUUGCGCAGAUCAUACACAGAGACCUGGCGGCCCGUAACAUACUGGUCACGGAGGAACGGGUGUGCAAGAUCUCGGACUUCGGGUUCGCGCGGGACGUGGCCAGCAGCCGCGUGUACGAGCGCAAGUCCGAGGGACGGCUGCCGAUCCGGUGGAUGGCGCCCGAGUCGCUGUUCGACAACAUGUACUCGGCCAAGUCGGACGUCUGGUCGUUCGGCGUGCUCAUGUGGGAGAUCGUCACGCUCGGCUCGACGCCGUACCCGGGCAUGGCGGCCGCGGACGUCAUGAAACGGAUCCGGGACGGUUACCGGCUGGACAAGCCGCAGCACUGCCGGCGCGAGGUGUACAACAUCAUGUUCUACUGCUGGGACAAGAGCCCGGACGGCCGGCCCGAUUUCUCCGAGCUGCUCGAUCUGCUCGACAAGCUGCUGGUCGACGAGACCGACUACAUACAGCUGGACAGGUUCCCGGACAACGCGUACUACAACAUCACCACGUGCAUAAGUGGCGAGCGCCUGUGACUGCAGCGGCGCGGCGGCCGAGACGACCGAAAAUAUUAACGUACAAUGCCUGUAAUAAUAAUAAUAAUAAUAAAAAAAAAAAACCGUCAAAUUAUACGAAACCUAAACGGCCGUGGAACGUAUACGACGGUGGCGUGCUCGGGGGCAUUGAAAUUGAAUAAUAAACGACGCAUUCCGAUUGAGAAUAUCUGCCCGAACGCGUCGUGAAAAAUCGCCCGAACGCGGGGCAGUUUUUCACAAGCCCGCCCGUUACGGGCCCGGUUCGCCGCCGAACGUGUUUCGCCCCUUCGGUCAUUACACCCCGCUGUACAGUCGUUUGGCAGGACGUGAUUUUUUCAUUUUUUUUUAAUUUAUUAUCACGGUCAUUAACAGCGGCUACCGGUUUCCAAAGUCCGCGUACCGCUAUAUUAUACAUAAUAUAUUAUUAUUAUCAUUAUCAUUAUUAUUAUUAUUCGAGAGUGCGAAAAAAUUACAUUGAUAGGUACCUGGACGUUCUUUUAUUCCGCGCAAUGUCGUGUUCGCGUACGUAUAUGUAUUAUGAUGUUUACUAUACGCGCGACACGCACGAAAAGGCGAGCGUACUCUGUUGUUGAUGUGUUUUUUUUAUUUUUUAUUAUUUUUUUUUUUUUUUUAUUUAUGUACAAAACAUAAUAUCACACAAAGAAAAACACUACUAGUCUUUUAAUUAUUAUAUUAUUUUUAUUUUAUUUUUUUUUUUUUCGUAAUUUUUGUACCGUCUACAGAGUGCCUUUUUUACGUGUACGCGUUUUGUUUUUCAAACUAUAUCUAUAUAUUAUUAUUAUAUCUUAAUAUUAUAACACAAUACGUAUCGUUGUAAGUACCGAAAAAUGAAAAAAUAUAUUUAGUGUACAAUCCAGC